GUACGACGCUCCGCGCGCCAGUCAGUAGGAGCGCGCCGGCCGACGCAUGAAGACGGACAAGAAGUUUCUCGAGGCCCUCGUGGGUUCGCCGUUCGGCGGUAGCGGUGGGGACUACGAGGUGGCCCCGACCACCGAGAAGGACGCCCUGGGUCCCCGCGCCGGCGGCGUUGUGGUUGUGGACGACGAAGUGCUGCUCGAUGUGGACGCGCUGCCCGCCAAGCCCGAGUCCGGCAAUGCCGACGACCUGGGCUCGAGCGAAGAGGACUUGCCGCUGCGCGGCAACUGGGGCGGCAAGCUGGACUUCAUCUUCGGCUGCGUCAGUUACGCCGUCGGACUGGGCAACGUGUGGCGAUUCCCUUACCUGGCAUACGAGAACGGGGGAGGUGCUUUCCUGGUGCCAUUUUUCAUUAGCAUCGUCCUCUGCGGUGUGCCCUUGUUUGUUAUGGAAGUGUCGAUCGGACAAUAUUUGAACACGGGAGGCAUCGGCAUCUGGAACCUGGUGCCCAUGUUCAAAGGUGUUGGGUUCGCGUCGAUGACCAUGAUCGGGCUGAGCAACAUCUACUACAUCGUGCUCAUCGCGUACACCCUGUACUACCUGGUCGCCUCGUUCCGCAGUCCUCUGCCGUGGGAGCAGUGCGGAAACGAGUGGAACACCGAGCGCUGCCUCGGCAUCCGCGAAAACAUCUCUAGCCUCGCCGAACGGAACCUCACGGCUGCGCAGGCCGUCUCGUCCGUCAAGGAGUACUGGGAGAACAACGUUCUGGGCAUCACCAAUGGCCUGGAGGAAGUUGGCUCUCUACGACCCGAGCUUGCCCUCUACCUCCUCCUGGCAUGGUUCCUUGUGUACAUAGUCAUCUGGAGGGGACUUCAUCAGAGUGGAAAGAUUAUUUGGUGCACAGCACUUUUCCCAUACCUCAUUCUCUUCAUCCUGUUCAUCCGUGGAGUCACAUUGGAGGGUGCCUCUGAAGGACUCCUCUACUACCUGCGCCCCGACUGGAGCAAGCUCAGAGAUCCAAGGGUGUGGAUCGCGGCUGGGACGCAGGUGUUGUUCUCAUACGGCAUCGGCAUUGGUGCCAACGUGGCACUUGGCAGUUACAACAAGUAUAACCACAACUUUUACAGGGAUUCCAUGAUCGUGUGCACCAUCUGCAGUGGAACAAGUCUUUUUGCUGGACUGGUCAUAUUUGCAGUUCUAGGUCACAUGGCCCACAUACAAGACAAGGAUGUCUCAGAGGUGGCACGAUCAGGUCCUGGCCUAGCGUUCUUGGCCUACCCCGAGAUGGUGGUGCAGUUACCCUUUGCACCGGUCUGGGCAGUACUCUUCUUUCUCAUGCUCAUCGUUCUGGGCAUUGACAGCCAGUUCUGCACUGUCGAGGCGCUUGUGACGGGACUGGUGGACGAGUUUGCCUCCACACUCAGACCGUACCGCCGCCUGUUCACUCUGAGCGUCGUCAUCGUGCAGUUCUUGCUGGGUCUACCCCUGGUAACUCAGGGAGGCAUGUACAUCUUCCAGCUGAUGGACUUCUUCUCAGCCAGCGGUGUCUCAUUGCUGACUGUCGUCUUCUUUGAGAUUGUCGGCUUUGCCUGGAUAUAUGGUGCAAAAAGAAUCUACGCCAACAUCAAGGACAUGGUAGGCUUCACGCCAAACAAGUACUUCUUCUUCUGCUGGCUUUUUGCAGCUCCCUGUGUGAUCGUCGGAAUGCUGGUGUUUUACAUAGCCGUGCCUGAGCCAGUUACCUACUCGGAUCACUACGUCUACCCCUGGUGGGGUGAGAUGGUCGGUUGGGGCAUGGCUCUUGCCUCCAUCAUCUGGAUUCCCACCUAUGCCAUUUACUAUCUCUGGAACAGCUCAGGAACCCUCCUGGAGCGCAUCAAGAAAGGUGUGACCCCACAAGUUGUGCCACGCAAGGUCCAGGAGGGCAGCCCCACUUCUGAUGAGAGCCUGGCCUUGGAGCCGCCCACCAACAUAGUGCGAGUGCUGCUUCAAGAAAAGUCCUGAUCACUGUCACCGCAACCACCAAUGCUCGGUCUGAACUUCAGUUGACUUGUUUUUACGGCAACCCGGCGUGCAAAACGUGGGGUCGAUUGCCGGUUUGGCGAAACUCGACGGCGCUCGUUUCUCUGCCUGUUGGUUCGGCGAGAACACGCCGUCCCUCUCUCUUCACAUUGUCCUCUUUUACUAUCUUAAUUUCUACCACCUCAAAUUCGCCAAACACGUGCAGGGGAUACAAAAUGCCGAUUCGCGGCCUGUGUCUGUCCUUUCAAUGAAGCGGCACACGCAUGCUUCAAGUAAGGGCCGCUCCUGCCCAGGACGCAGCGAAAAAAACAAGACGUUUACAUCACUCGCUGCUGUAGACAAUGUCAACUUACUGUCGUCCGACAGUCGUAGGAUAACCUGUCCCAUGGUUAGUGUGUAGUAUAGGAAACUUGUCAUUUCUGCCACAGUUAGUGUGGCAUAACGGAAGGCAGUGGAAAGAAUAACGCAGUUGACUAGGGUAAAAAAAAAAACUGGCUACCUUCGUGGCUGUCCAGUAAAAUGUGCAGCACUUCACAGCGCUGUUUCCUGUGACAUGUGCCAGGAAAGAAGCAUCUGCAACGAUUAACCAAAAUGUUUUGGCUAGUUCGGAUUAUGUGCUGCAAGUUGUUUCCUUGCGUGAAUAUUCGUGAAAAGUGCACGCAGAGUAUGGAGAGAAAUGAGAAUCGCAGCAAAAGAGAUUGCAGUUUGUGAACCUGCCUCGUUGAAGCCAAACAUUGCGUUAGCCGCCAUUCCCAGUGUUCUUGUGUGCCAUGACUUAGAAAACAAUGUUUGUCUUCCAUGAAUGUGAGAGAAACAAAUUCCUGACAACUUUAAAGGAGGUAAUAGGGAUACGACAUGAAUAAGGUCAUGUCCGUGACGAAAGAGCAAACAGAACACCUCUUGCCCAAUCGUUAUGCGAUUACAGUUCCUGUGAAACUGUGAAUAUACCGAUAGCGUAUGAGAAAACUACCACAACGGUUCAAGUGGUCUUGUUUUGCGUGAUAACGGCAAGUUGUGGAUUGCUCUGGACUUCCAGUUGUGAAUGUGAUAACGCGGCAUUGACGGAAGAGAUUGCGUUGGAUAAAUGUGCUCGCAGUCGAUAAGACAAGGUGUGGCAGUUGUUGCAAUGUAAUGCAAUGUUUGGCAUCGUUCAGGCCUGAAGCAGUGAUGUAAAGAAGCUGAGAAACUAAGGUAUACUUGUAAGAACACUAAGGUGACCAUUUGGGCAUGUUGGUAAGACGUGAUGGAAACUAAAAGCGCUCCGGACGAGGACAGAGAAGAGGCUUGAGACGCACGAGCACUCGUGCGUCUCAAGCCUCUCCUCUGUCGUCGUCUCAUGCGCAGUUUCUAUCAAGUAAGAGCAUCGGCUUCAGUUUUUCUUGGAAAGCUGGUAGGAGAUGAGGGUUGUAGGCUUCAUUCCACUCGUAGAGAAAUGUCUGGCAUAGCACUGAGGAUUUAAAAUGUACCAUGGUGUUGCUAUUCCUCAUUUUUUUCUUCUGUAAAAAUGAAAUGCAUUUUCAGUUUCCUGAAGGUUCAUGGAAGUGUAUGAAUCCUCACUCAAGCGUUCAUUUUUGUUUACAUUUUUUUAACUGUCAUGAUGCAGGACAUCGGAACUUUUUCAAAACACCCUGAGAUGCUGACUUUAUCAGUCAUUCCUUAAAUUAAGCACAGCUGCCCAGUAUGAACUAUGUCAGUGAUGACAUAAUAAGCGACAACUUUUUGUUUUUCAUCUGGAACAUAGGUGUCAGUAAAAAAAAAAGAGAGCUUAAGAUUAAGGCAAUAUCAGACUCAUAGGCGAUGUGCAUCGCCGCUGACUUACUCAUGAACUUUUUGUCGGCAAUAAAAUUAUCCCGCACUGUUUCAGGACCUUGCGUAGCAAAACCAACAAUGCAAACACUUCACCACAUUGCUCAAGCUGUGUUAUGGAUAACCCAUGUGAUAAUUUGGAUAUUAUGUCAGACUCAUGUUCAGUGGUGAAACGCAUAAUUACUGGACUUUUGUAUGCUCCGUUACUGGUGUCCUGCGGAGCACAUGUACAUAUUGUGUAAAUAAGACGGCACGUACCAUACAAUACUGUGCCAAAAUAUGUGUCACUUGUUUUGUGAAAUGAGCACCCUUAAAUGCAUGAACAUGUAAAGAAAAAGUGAAACAUUUUGUUUGUGCUGAAUGUAGUAGACGUUCUAUUACUGAGAGGCAGAAACAAGCCUCGAACUGUAGUUGCUUCAUCCUGCAGUCAAUGGUGGUUACAUAUAAGCGAAACAAUGCAGUACGACUUACAAGAGUGUAUGUACAUGGCGCAUGACAGAUUCACUGAACACUUGUGCAGUACACUUCAAUCCAACCGAUUCAAAGUCGCAGACAUCCUGAACGGAAGAAACUCUGUCUCCAGCAUCGUAUGUACUGAUCGUGAACGUGUGCACUUCGAGUAUGUUUGAUUCCUACAGCUAAGUAUGAUAUCAAGGAGCACACAUUCUGUGAGCAGCAAAAUAUGCGGUAAGCAAGGACAAAAAGCCCAGCAUUUAUCAGAAUUGCAUUGAGAUUAGCUAUUGCAUUGAGAUUGCUAUUGCUAUUGAGAAUUGCUAUUGCAUUGAGAUUUUUGAAAUAACAAAAAAAAAGGCAAUGCUGAAUUUAUUGCAAGACAAACCCUAUGCUUCCAUCGUAUCCAGUUGGCAAUUGGCUUGUAAGCAGUGUAUUUCUUACUGCUGAGCACGAAACCGUGGUGGCUGCAUAUCACUGAGGACAGAAUACAGAAUCUUGCAUGUUUAUGUUUAAGGGCACAUUAGCAAAGCCACAUGCAUAGUCUCAAUUAAUCUGGAGACAAGAUAUCAGUGUACCAAACAAACGAGGCCACACUGUUAGUGCUUGACACAGUUGUUAGUGCACUCAGUAAGUGCAUGACAGAUACAUACAAGGAACAUACAACGACGAGUAUUUGUUUGUGCCUGUGCACCACAUCACACUGAUGUACCACAGGCACAAUGCAAGACUAACCAGAUCAGCAAUCAGUCGUAACAUUUUCAGGAAAGCUCUAUAAAUCGGUCUGGCUGAAUUUUCAAACAAACUAGUAGCUCCCACUGGUGCCCACCUUUGCAGUGUUCAAUUUAAAAUGUGCUGAUGAGAUUUGUUUGUCAAAAUUAACUGCUCCAACAGUUAAAUUUCAUAGGCAAUAAAGGGUGCACAGCUUGCGAAGAAGCUGAAUCUGUUGAAUUUUAUUUGUUUUUGGCCUCAGAUUUUCACCUGCUGAUCAGAGAUUGACAAUAUAGUGAGCUGACACCGCAAGAAAUGUGGGCCUGGUCAACGUACCGAUUUCUUUCAAGUCUUGCUCUGUUUGUGCUUCGUCAGGGGUCUAUGUAGCACACUGACUAUGUUAUUGCCAUAACCAGCCUGUUCUAUAUGAUAGCAGCUAGACUAUGAAAGAAAUCAUUACAUUAUAUACCGGCCACAGCUACCAUAGCGCAAAUUGUCUCUGUACUUUGUCAGUUUCACCACCUUUGACUAUCGAGGGCAUUUCCUGUGCUAACGAAUUAUCUCGAUUCAUUUUGAUAGAGUUUUGGGCUCUCUUAUGCAUGUGCAUUUAAACCUCGCACUGCCAAAUUCACAAAUUUACUCUACGUCUGUGAAUAUUCCAAGCUCAGAAGGUUGGCUCUGCGUGUUGUACGUUUUGCUGUGGUUUCACUUGUUUGUGCCGCUGAAAGCGAGUUUCUGAAAGCUUCCACUUCUAUUUUACUUUCUCAACAGUUGUCACUGCUUCGUAUGACAUUUCUUUCUUUUUUAUGCUUUUGUAAUUUCGUGGUGCAGCGACAAAAUUGAUUUGAGUAAAACGUCAAGAAAUUUUUGAGCAUUGAAUUCCCUCACACGAUGCACUCGCAGCAAGUUAUCUUUAAACGGUGCUGUACAAAAACACUUGCUCCACGUGUAUCAUGCAUUCAUGUUAAAUUUUGCGGCAGCACAGGGCACACGGAGGCAUGUUUCCCGCUCUUACUAGACUUGCUGUAUAAUUAUUCGUACUUUUGCAGGACUCUGAAAUCUGGCUUUAAUGUCUUUUUGCUCAGUUAUAACACGUGCCUAAAGCUUCUUGGUAAAAACAUUUAAAAAAAAAUUGGUUCUUGAGUGCUUACAAUACGGAAAUCCAGUACAUCAAGUGAAGUGUUGCAAUAAUAAUUGUAGCACCAAGGCGAUCUAACACUUGAACAAGCAUAGUGACAACUGAAUGAAUACAGUUAAACCUCACGUGAAUAUAACAAAUUAGUAUCGGUUAUAAUGAAGCAAGGAUGAAUAGUCUUGCCAUUAAUACAGUGUUAUACGAAUAUGUGUUUAUGAAGAAUUUUCUGGUGUAACGAAGUCAUUUUUGUAUCAGACGCAGCUCGUUAUAAUGAGGUUUAGCUGCAUUAAUUGCUCUGAAGUCUCGCUGCACACUUGCUUUGUUGCUCUGUAAAAGCCCUAAAGGGCACCUUGUACAUACUGCAUUUGUACAUAUGUCACACAUGUACCUGUUCACACCUUAGUGAGUCACAUGCAUCAGACAGGGACAGUGCCUUGGAUGUACUUGACAAGAGAAAAAGUAAACAUAAACAUCGUCUAAGUAUUUUGGUAAAAAAAGAAGGAGGAUGUAAUAGUGAGUUUGUAUGCUGUUUGUCUGCAAAUAUGUCUGAAGCGUGAGUGGUGCUUGCAGAGUUCCGUUCACAGUAGCAAUAGGCACAGUACGACUAUGAAAUGCAAACAAAGCCAGACGCUGUAUUCCGUAAUGAUUCUUGUCAUUGUCCAUUCUUAUUCGCUAUCACUGCACUGCGCAAAGCAGUGCCUGUAUCAGCCACACAAUGGGAUUAGUGAUAAAUAAGACAACUAAAUAGGAGGUAAGGGUUUUUCAUAAAAUAUGGCCCUGUGAACACUUCCAUAGCACAAUUACUAUAAUAUCCAAAAUCACUGCCCAUGCCCAGGAUUCACUGCUCUCAUUUUAUCGUAUAAUGCCUGUCUUAAAGCCACACUUGUAGAUACCCUCAGUGCAAAAUGCACGUUUGUGCAUAUUUGAAUAACUGUAGAAGCACACCAUGGAUAACUGCGUGGGCCCUUUCAAUUGUAUACCCCUUGUGAAGACACACAGGCCACGUGCGUACCAGAUGAAACAUCAGCUGAAGUUAGCAAGCGACAAUGCUACAAUGGCACUGCUUGGAAACCUCGAUAGUUCGAAGGCUACUGACCUGCGUUUUAUCCAGGUGGUUCACUUCAUGCAAUGUGUUUGAUACAACGAAUGAAUUAUGCCGUCUGGCACGUGUUUCCAAAAAUUACAACUACUGGUGGUAUCUGUUGUCUAUAGCCAUGCUCAGUUCAUAGACUUUUUUGCUGCACUAUAAACACCACUCUGUCACCAUCCACUUGUUUCAGAAGCAAAAUGCAGGGGCAUUGGAUGGGUAUGCGAUUCAGGAUAUUAUUAUGAUCCACAAAGCCAGUUUACAACCAGAAACAGUACACAGAGAUAAAUUCAAUGGUGCUGUGAUGAAAAAUGAUGGCACUAGGGGAAGCAUUUGUCGAUGAAGAACGGUUGUUGUAGAAUGAAAGUUUAGCGAAUCCAACCACUGACCUUCAUAAAAGGCAAAUGUGUGAAUAACUCAUGCCACUGCUGCUAAGAGUUGGUCUUGUCAGUUGUUAUUCUCAAAUUGCACUACUGCAAAUAAAAAACUUUAAAGAAACAGAAGUUGUGCUGUGAUUACACAGUGACAUUCUGGGAAAGUUUUCUUCCGUUAAAGAUCACGAGUACUAAACAGAUUUUGUGUCAUGUGGAAAUGCUGGCAAAGACUCUGGUGCUUAUCUUUCUAGAGCAGCUAUUGAAUGGCGAUCAUGCUAUUAAAGAAAAAAAAAAAAUGAACAGAUCAUGUAUUUCUUUUGUUACUACAAGGGCUGUUCCAAGAUCAUAGCUUAUAAUCCUAAGCAAACCAGACAUGCCAAGUGCAUAGGCACAACAAUUGUUUUGUCAAAGACAUUAGUCGUUUGCUGUGCUGGGCAUGUUUUAAAAAAAUACAACUCUACUUUUGCAAGCAAAAACACAUGGUGCUGUUGUCUUUGGUGUAAUUAAAAAUGUUUAUUUUUGGUUAGCAAAUACAAGUUGAUGGUUAUAUGGAGCUUGUUGAAAAGAUAUAUGCUGGGAGAUUUAUUUUUGCUCUUUUUCAGAGAAAUUUAGAUUGCAGCCGGACUAAUAGUUUUAAAAGGAAGCAUCACACCCAUGCGACCUUGGCAAGAAUAAUGGCAUAGGUGAUGUUGAUGUCACUGUAUGCACAGCAGGUACGACAAAGUCAUUAACAUUAAAUUUGCAGUAAUUUAGUACUUGCUUGUCGUGCACUGCCUACUCAGAGCAAUGCCAAGAAGCUCACUGGGUCAGCACUACAUUUGCUGCAAACACUCACACGCUGAUCAAUAUUUAUUGGCAAUACAAUCAAGAUGAUGUUCGAACUGUGCACUGUACUGCCACUAAGUUUGCCUCUGUAGCAUGGGUCUCAUGUGCUGUGUACUUCACAUUGAAUUGUGCUGUGGUACUACUGGCAAGAAAUAGCAUUGUUUUCUUGUUAAAAUUAGUCCCGGCAUUUCAGUAGAUGCGUGAAAUAGUGGCCACAAACUGGCAAAGUUAGCGACUGUUUCACUGUUUGAAAAGAAAUGCGAUGUCUCCAUUUAAAAUAGUUGUAAGAUCUUAUAUAAGUGCAUCAUAAAAGCACAAAGCAAAAGCUAUAUAUAUAGUUUUCAAGUAAGAUUUCGUGGCACUGUCCAUAAACACUAUUUUACGCUACACCGAAGUAGUGCGGACGUACUGGUUAGUGAAAAAAAAAGUGUUGUUUGUUACUUCAGAGCUGACGCAGUUAGCAUGCACGUCCACACAGUUUCACCAUGUAGGUGUGGUGUCUUAGGCCAAUCAAUUGCGUGCGGUAGUACAAUUACUCGAAAUACCUAUUCGACUGUAUUUGUUGUAAAUGUGUAUAGCUGUUUUCACCGGGAAGUCUUUCCUCCUUGUGGAAAAGAAAAAAAAAGUAUGUUUGUUUGCACUGUUUGUAUUGGAAAUUCCAAGGCAUGAUGUCUGUACAUCCCCUGUAGAUUCAUUGUGUAGUAAUAAAGGUUGAUGUCCAGUGA